CAAAUUUUAACUAUCGAAAGUAAUCAAAUAAAAAGAUAAUUAUUUUAUUGAUAUAUUUACAAAACAAUGUGUCAAUUUUUUUCUUUACUGUGAUAGUUAGUGUUGAACUAGUUUUAAAUCGUUUUAAAACUAAGUUGCUCAUUUGGACUUUUUAAAAUGGCGACACCCAUGAAAAAUAUUAAAUAUUUCGAUGAUUGUUCUUCGACAACGUGUUUGUAAUUUGGUCUCUAAGCUCUACCCACCUUCACCACUAUCUCAUCGAUCCAAGAAGUUGAAAGCCUCGAUGGCACUGAGUCGAUUUGAAUAUGUGAAACAGUUUGAGACUGAUGAUCGAUGUCUUCCUAAUUGCUGGAUUGUUGUGCGCAUAGAUGGAAAGGGAUUUCACAGAUUUUCUGAUCAACACAAUUUUCUGAAACCAAAUGAUGACAGGAGCCUUCACUUGAUGAACUGUGCAGCAAAACAAGUGAUGACAGAAUUCAAGGAUAUUGUGCUGGCAUAUGGGCAAAGUGACGAGUACAGUUUUGUAUUCAAAAUCAAUACAUCAACAUACAAUAGGAGGUCAAGCAAACUGAUGACAAAUAUUUGUAGUUUGUUUGCAUCAACAUUUGUAUUCAACUGGCAGAAAUACUUCCAUGAUGUAAAAUUGAAGUACCCACCAGCCUUUGAUGGUAGAGUUGUUCUGUAUCCUAGCAACCAGAAUCUCUUGGACUAUUUAAGCUGGCGUCAAGCUGACUGUCAUAUAAACAAUAUGUACAACACAGUAUUUUGGGCACUUGUGCAACAAGGGAAACUCACCCCUCAGGCAGCUCAGGAGCGUCUAAAGGGGACUUUAGCAGCAGACAAAAAUGAAAUCUUAUUCCAAGAUUAUGCAAUAAACUAUAAUGACCUGCCUGAAUUCUAUCGAAAAGGCACCACUCUCAUUCGUGAAAAGAAGGAGGAACAAAUAACUCACAAGAUACCUCAACAAGAUGGAACUUUUAAAGAAAAAGCAGAACUUAAGAUAAAAUCAGAAUUAGUUGAACUUCAUACAGAUAUUAUUGGAAGUUCAUUCUGGAAUAAUCAUCCAGAAAUUCUGACACCAAAAUUGAAAAGGUAGCAUCAAUUUAUGGAGAUGUUAAACUGGAUUAUUCACUAUUUGCUCAGGAA